UAAUUAUCGUUUAUUUAUCUACCAAUCUGGGCAGACCCACAAAAAGAUGGCAGUGUUAGGUCACGCAACACCAUGGAUGUAGAAGCGAGUAGCUGCUUGCCCUGAAAAUUUUAACUAGCGGACGCAGAAAUGGAGGGCAUUCGUCGCGUGUUCGGUGGCAACCCGGAUAGUUUCAAGUUAGUGUUUGAGUAUGGAAGGGACAGCACUACGAAGGAGCAGAGUUCAGCGCUUCCGGCUGGCCAAGUUCGGCUACCGGUGGCGCUGGCUACCAUGGAGUUCGAGUUUAACAGCAACGAAAGCGAGGCAGCGGUCCUGGAGCGUUUUACGCAAGCAAAGAGCAAGAUUACAUUCGAUCGGCUUGAAGAACGCAUAGUCCUGAAGCUGACAGCCAAAGAUGAGACCAGCGGUGGAGUCAAGGCGAGCAUCUCCUUGGCUUGCAUCACCCCCGUCUUGCGCUGUGUGCAAGUCGUGCGCACAUCAUCGACAGGCAAUGUCCCCGAGGCGCUGCUGACUGCGCUGUUGAAGCACUGCGAGCUGGGGGGCGUGUGGAAGCUGCGGGGGGCAGAGGGGUUCGGGAACUUCUGGUGCAGCUGCUGCGAGGUGCGGUCCUGGCGCUCCCUGGCCAACCUGAACCUCUCCGCCUGCGGGCUGGCCUCGCUGCCGCCCGCGCUGGGCCAGCUGUCCUCGCUGCGGCUGCUGCGGCUGUCGUACAACCGACUGGCUGCACUGCCCGCGGAGCUGAGCUGCCUCACCGCGCUGGAGGUGCUGGCGGCAGACCACAACUUGCUGGCGGGGCUGCCGGCCGAGCUGCGCCACUGCUCCUCCCUGCGCCACCUGGAGUUGGAGGGCAACCGCCUCGCCACCCCCCUGCUCGACCUGCGCGCCCUCUCGCGGCUCGUCUCGCUGCAGCUGUACGGCAACCCGCUUGAGCUGCUGCCGGAGCUGAGCCCCGCGGCGGCUCUGCGCUCGCUGAGUGUGGCCAACGUGCGGAUCAUGGCGGAUGCGGCCUACACCAGGUGGGAGGUGGAGGUGGCCCCCCUGCCGUACAUCUCCCGCGGCCACAAGCUGGCUCCGCUGUUCAAGCUCACCUUCCGGCGCAGCAGCUGCCAGCACCCGCUGCUGGCGGGGGCGCUGGGUCGGCUGUCCGAGGAGCGGGGUAACGCGGAGCUCAUGUCGCGCGACGAGACCGCCGUACAGCAGCUGGUGCUGAUGGCGCUGAGCGAGCAGCCGGUGGUGGCCGAGCAGGCGUGCAGGACACUGGGGGCGCUGGCGCAGCUGGGGCUGGCGACAGCGAGGAGGCUGCUGGCUCAUGACGUGGUGUCCACCAUCCUCACCCUGCUCCGCUCCCGCCGCCCCGCCUCCCAGCUGUGCGGCUUGCAGCUGCUAGCCAACCUGGCGGCCGCUUCGGAGCACAUCAGCGCCGAGCUGCUUUCCCUGGAGCUGCUGCAGCUGCUGCAGGACUGCGUCGGGGCGGGGGGGCAGGCGGAGGGGGGUUCCCAGGCGGAGGAGGGAGCGAGUGGGAGUGACCCACGGGUCACGGGUGCUACUGCUGCGCAGUUGGUUUCUUCUCCUUCGCCGUCGCCGCCAGCGCCUUCCGCGACGGCAGCGAUGAGUCCUGGAGUGAUGAGUCCUGCUGCGGUGGCGGUAGCGGUAGCGAUGGGGGAAGCGAGCAGUAGCGGUAGCAGCGGCGGCGGCGGCGGGCUCAAUGCUAGUGGCGGUGGCAGUAGCAGCAGCAGCAGCAACCAGCAAGGUGUGACGGCGGCUGAGCUACGAGUCGCCGCCCUGACCGCACUCGCUAAUCUGGCGUUUGCGAGGGACAACAAGCUGAAGAUCCGAGCUGCUUCCGGGCUGCUGGCGACGGUGAUUGAGCUGGCGAUGUCCUCGCCAACCUCCUCCUCGUCUCAGGCCGCUGGGGCUGUCGCUGGGGGAGCAGCUACUGCUGCUAAUGCUGCUGCAGCUUCACCUCAUGCUGGGCAACCGCUACAGGCGCCCUCAGGAACGAUGCCAGCAGCAACCGCUGCGGGUAACGGUACUGCAGCUGGGGGUCCUGGGGGUGGUACGACUGCGCCUCGUACCUCGCCCUCAGCACUCGCUGGGCCGCAGGGUUCUGCCGAACGACCCAUGGGUCACCACAACCAUCGUGCUUCCUCAACCUCAGUGGGCGGACAGCAGCAGCAGCAGCACCUCCAGCGACAUAGCGACACGGGCGGCUCGGGUGCUGCGGCAACGGCAGCCGGGGGUGCAUUGCAGCUGGGGACCUCCCCUCCCGGCGCGACGGUUCGUCUUCCUCCUCCUCCCCACUCAUCGUCGCCGUACAAUAGCUUCUCAACGACGACGGCUCACAUGGGUACGUCAGUAUCCGCCGGGGGCUGGCUAGUCGGACCUGCUGCUGCCACCACCGCCGCCACCGCUGCUGCUGGUGCCUCAGGCUCCGGACUGGGUAGCGGGUCGGACCCGUUGUCGCCGCCGCUUGAGGCGCGCAUUGGCAGUGGUGGUAUGGGCGGCGGAUUGCACCACUCGGCGUCGACGCCGGCAGCGAUCGGCUUGAGUGGCGGCGGCGCAGGCGCGGCGCCGCCCACUGGCUUCGCCGCACUCGCCGCCGCCGCCUCGCGCGCGCUGUCGCCCGUCCGAGCGACCCACAUGCCGACAGGCGUUACGACAACUGCUGCAACAGCCGCCAUGACACCCGCAUCGGCAAUACCCCUAGCCGCACCCACCACCACCACCACCUCUCCUUCCUCUGGCGGUGGGCUGCUCAUGUCGCCCACCUCUCCCACGGCGGCCGAUGUGGCGGCGGCAGCUGGCGCCUUCUCCUCCGCCUCCGCCGCCUCCGCCGCCGCCGCUGCUGCCGCCGGGUUGCCUCCCCAGAUCUCCCAGGCCCCUCCUCGGGCGGUUCCGGAGCCUGUGGCGCUGCGGGACCAGUGCCGCCUGCUAGCCAUCAAGGUACUCGCCAUCCUGGGCGAGAACGAGCAGGUCCGGCGGGCGGUGGGUCAGCCGGCCAUCUCGGGUCGCGGGCUGCGCGUGUUGGCGCUGGACGGAGGUGGCAUGCGGGGUCUGGCGCUGGUGCAGAUCAUGCGGAACAUCGAACGGAGAGUGGGCCGGCCGCUGCACCAGCUGUUCGACCUGGUGGUUGGCACCUCCACCGGCGCCAUCGUGGCGGUUGGGCUGGGGCUGUUCCACUUCUCACUGGACCAGUGCGAGGCGGUAUACACAGGGCUGGGGCACAAGGUGUUCAACCAGGCAACCCGCAGCGGCUCUGGAUCCGCCCCCGGCUCCCGCACCCCCCGGGAAGAGCUCAUGGCCGCAGCUCAGGCUCAGGCCGCCGCACAGGCCGCCGCAGCCCAGGCAGCAGCAGCAGCCGCUGCCGCCAGCAGCAGCAGCAGCAGCGGGACAGCAGGCGGCGGCAGUAGCAGCGGCGGGGCCGGCGGCGGCAGCAGCAGUGGCAGCAGCAGCGGGUGGUUUGACGGCAUGUUCAGUCUGCUUCGCGGCACCUCCACCAACCUGCGGGUGGCGGUGUACGGCUUCAAGCACGACGCCAGCACGUUUGAGGAGCUGCUGAGGCAGAUGUGCGACAUCAAGAAGCUGGGCUGUGUGGGCAACCAGUUGAUCGACGCCGCCGCGCUGGGCGGUCCCAAGGUGGCGGCGGUGGCGACCCUGGUGUCCGUGUGCCCGGUGACGCCCUUCCUCUUCACCAGCUACGAGCUGCCGCCCGAGGUGGCGCCCGCGGCUGCAGCCAUGCGGGCCUGCCCCUCCUCCAGUAGGCACCUUAUUUGGCAGGCUGUUCGCGCCUCCUCCGCUGCGCCCUACUAUCUGGACGACUAUGUGUGUGGGGACGACCGAUACCAGGACGGUGCAGCCACCGCCAACAAUCCCUCCAUCCUCGCCCUGCAGCAAGCCCGCCUGCUCUGGCCCCACACCCCCCUCGCCGCCCUCGUCUCCAUCGGCUGCGGUACGGCACCCAGUGUACGGCGGGAGCGCGGGGCGCAUGCCGUACUCGACACGGGUGCCGUACUGGUGGACGCGGCCACCUCCCCCGACCGGGCGGAUGAGGCGCUGUCCACGUUGCUGCCGCUGGUUCCGGGGGUGCGGUACUUCCGUUUCCAGCCGGUGCAUGAGCGGUGCGCGAUGGAGCUGGACGAUGUGAACCCGCAGCAUUGGGCGGCACUGCAGGCUGCUGUGGAUGAGUACUGCUCGGCGCAUGCGGCCCGCUUUGACGAGCUGGCGGAGCUGCUUCGGGAGGGCAGCGGGCAGGAGGAGGAGGAAGUGGAGGGCGGGGAGGCGCAGGCAGGAGACGGGGAAGGCGGCGAAGCGGCAGAAGAUCAGGACCAGUCGGAGGAGGAGGAGGAAGCGUUUGAGGCGCCGGAGGGGGUUGGGCCUGACGGGGCUCCUCUUCCUCUGGUGCCUAGAGUGAGGCUGGGCCCCCGACGUGGGCUGCUCCUGGUGGAGGCGCCCGCCCCCCUGUGGCCCCCGCCCGCCUCCACCCCUCCAACUGCCGCCACCCCCAACCCUGGCCUUCCCACCCCUGCUGCCGCCACCGCCGCCGCGGCAGCUCCCUCCACCGUCGCCCACAGCACCCUCGGCACCUCCGGCGGCUUCAGCUUCACACCUGCCGGCCUACAGGGCCCUCUGCCCUCCGGCCUUCCGUACCCGCCCCACUCCCGCCCCCAGACACCUGUUGCAACUCCACUGCCACCCCACCACCACAGCCACUACCGCCACCACCCCUCUACCUCGGCCCACCACCUGCAUAGCUACACCAACAGCUACAAACACAUCUGCCCGGGAGCUGUGGAGCAGGCGGUGGUUGCAGCGCUGAGCAGCCUGCAGCCAUCUGCCAACCCGCACCCGCACCCGACCCUAGGAUCCCACCCAGAAAGGCACUUGCAGCAGCAUGAGCCCAACGCUUCCGCUUCCUCCAUAACACUGCCGUUUACUGGAACCGUACCAGCCGG